GAAGAGUUUGUCUUGGAAGAGAGAAACUAUCACAUCGCAUCCGAUCUCAUCCCAUCCCAUCCUGUCCUGUCCUGUCCUGUCCUGUCCUGUCCCAUCCUGUCCCAUCUCAUCCCAUCUCAUCUCAUCCCAUUCCAUUCCAUGCCAUCAUCACGCUCCUAAUCUCCCCCAUUUUCAUCAUCGCCAAACCAAAACCACUCUAAUAAUCCUCGGAGCGUUGUGCUACCUUUUCUUUUUCUUCCCCAAUAAUUUCACCGGGUGCUUCGAAUCAUUCACAACACGAUUCAACGGUUUAUUUGCUUUUCAUUUUUAUUUUUAUUUUCAUUUUCGUUUUCACAUUCAUAUUCAUAUUCAUAUUCACAUUCACAUCGUUUCCUUCAUAGAGACGCGGAAUAAAAUACCAUAAAAUAAAAAUAACCAACACUUCUAAAUCCCAGCCAUUUCUAAACAGCAAGAACCCUGGACGUUGGCUCAGACUUAAUCCCUUUUCCUGAGACUUUCCAAACCAAGUUUAAUAAUAAUCUCGAAUUUCUCAAACAUAAACAACAAUCGUGUGUAUUAAACGAAUUCGCUAUCUCGUCGAAAAGAAAAGCAAACAUUUAUCCACUUGCGCCGCCGGCAUUGGGAAGAAGUGAAAGUGGUUGGCCUCGAAUGGCACGAUGGCAUUCCUCUUCAAGAGUAAAAAGAAUGCAGAUAAGGCUCAAGCCUUGAGAGAUGGCGGGAAUGGGGCUCCUGGUUCACAAUCGUCCCUCCAGAGUGAGAAAAGUCGUAUGCCGCAACAAGCUGAGAGGACGACGACCCCUUCGAGCAGUGUCAACAAUUCCAUUACUUCGCUGCAAGGAGGCAAUCCAGCGACGCCAAGCCCCGAACAAUUAAACGGACGACGAGGACCAAACCCAGAGCAAGCGCAGGAUCUCGCGCUGCGAAACGGCGCGCCGCCGCCAACACAGCCAAUGAAUUCAAAUCCCAAUUCCUCAUUAUACCCGUGGUCGCAGCGAAGAAUAACAUAUACAACUAAUCAUCCUCCUCCGUUUCCUCGAUAUGGCGCCGCUGUCAAUUCCAUGGCCUCGAAAGAGGGUGAGAUAUACCUCAUGGGAGGUCUCAUCAACAGCUCAACAGUAAAGGGGGAUUUAUGGAUGGUAGAAGCAGGUGCAAAUAUGGCAUGCUACCCAUUGGGCACUACAUCUGAGGGUCCAGGACCAAGAGUCGGCCACGCGAGUUUAUUGGUGGGAAAUGCUUUUAUUGUGUAUGGAGGAGAUACCAAGAUGGAGGAUUCUGAUGUCCUAGAUGAAACUCUAUACCUCUUGAAUACCUCUACGAGACAAUGGUCAAGAGCUGUCCCAGCAGGACCGAGACCGGCCGGAAGAUAUGGGCACUCGCUGAAUAUUUUGGGCUCAAAGAUCUAUGUCUUUGGUGGUCAAGUCGAAGGAUAUUUUAUGAAUGACCUGGUUGCAUUUGAUUUGAAUCAACUGCAAAUUCCGACAAAUAGAUGGGAAAUGCUUAUAAAGAAUAGUGAUGAAGGUGGACCUCCUGUCGGACAAAUACCCCCCGCCAGGACAAACCACUCCGUGGUCACUUUUAAUGAGAAGCUUUUCCUAUUUGGAGGAACUAAUGGCUUUCAAUGGUUUAAUGAUGUUUGGUGCUACGAUCCGAUCACUAAUGCAUGGACUCAACUGGAUUGUAUUGGAUAUAUUCCAGCUCCUCGAGAGGGUCAUGCCGCUGCAAUUGUCGACGAUGUAAUGUAUAUUUUCGGUGGUCGAACUGAAGAAGGUGCAGAUUUGGGCGAUUUAGCAGCAUUCAGAAUCUCAUCCAGGCGUUGGUAUACCUUUCAGAACAUGGGGCCGUCACCUUCUCCACGCUCUGGACAUAGUAUGACGGCGUAUGGCAAACAAAUCAUCGUUCUUGCCGGGGAACCAAGCACAGCAACUCGUGAAGCUCAAGAUCUUGCAACCGUUUACGUUCUCGACACAAGCAAAAUUCGAUACCCCAAUGAUCAGCAGUCAUCCCAACAGCCUCAACAAGCUGCUGUUAAUGAACGUGUGCCUGGUGGUAGACGUCCAAGUGCAGGUGAGAAGAGUGGUCCAGGUCCGCGAAACAUGGGCUCUAGGGAAAACUCCGCAUUACCAGAGCCAAAGAAAGGCAACGGUCCACCCAGAGAGGGCACCAAUAGCCGAAAUGGUGGGCAGCCAAAUGUGAAUGGUAACGACUCCAACGGCAUUGCUCCUGGUUCGGCUCAACCUCAAGGCCCACAACCCGGUUCGAAACUACCUAGAGCAUCAAUGGGACAGCCUGGUCCACCACCGCAACAACAAGUACCAAAUCCUCGAGGUCCUAACGCUGGUCCUAAUGGUAGAGGCCCCAGAGGUCCCCAAGGUCCUCAAGGUCCACAGGGUCCACAGGGUCCACAAGGUCCACAAGGUCCUCAGAAUGCCCAGGGUCCUCCAGGGCAAGGAAGACCCAACAAUCAAUUUGGUCCUGCUAUCGAUACCUCUAUGCGAAACCCCAAAUUGGAGAAUAUUCCUCUGGCUCAACGAGCACUCUCGCCCGCACAAGAAGAAAACUCCCAGGCUCGAGAGAGUCCAGUCACCAGUGGCCCACGUCCUCCACUUCAAAAUGUUUCACAGCAGGAGCACCAAUCAUCACAGAACCAAAUUCCUCCUCAGAUGCAAGCUGGAGUUCCACCACCAUCACAACCACCACCACAAUCACAACCCCAACAAAUCGCCAAAUCCAUAGCAAGGCAAGAUUCCGAUUCCCGGCAACCUCAGCAAAUGCCAAAGUCAAUAAGCAGGCAAGAUUCCAACUCUCAGCAACCGAGUGGCACCAACUCGAGAGCUUCGUCGAAACAAAGACAGCCUCGUGGUCAAAGUUCAGUGGAUAGUAAUACAGACGCUUCUUUGAGAGAUGUUAUGAGUCGUCAGGUGUCGCCUCCUCCGCCUACAAGACAACCAAGCAACCCUCUUAGUCGAAGGACUUCGGCCAGGGGUUCUCAAACUGUGACGUUGCUAAAGGAAUUAGAUGCUGCUAGAAACAGGAAUGCUUGGUAUGCUUCGGAGCUUGAACUUGCACGAAAAGCUGGAUAUACACCCAACCCUUCAACCAGUCCUAUGCUAGAUCAAAAAGCAGCAGAGUCUUUCGAUGACGAUGACAAACCACUCAUUGAAGCACUUUUGGCAAUGAAAGCAGAGCUAGCCAAUGUCCAAGGCUCAAUCGACAAACAAGCGGUUCUUGCAGCAAAACAAAUUGCUGAGGUCGAAAAGCAACGAGAUGCAGCCAUCAAUGAAGCGGUAUACCAUAAAGCAAAACUUGCAGCUCAUGCUGGAAGUCAAAGUAGCACGCCGCAGCCCGACAGCGAGAACAGGGACAUCGAAGCCAUGACAAAUGAUCGAUCUUCGGACAUCAGUAGGAAAUUGGCUGCCGCUCUAGCAUCGCAACGAGAUCUGAAAAACAAGGUGGAUAGUCUUACCGCUGAGCUCGAAGCUGAAAAACGUGGGAGACAACUCGCCGAGGAUACUGCCAAUAUCACACAAUCGCGAAUGGCCGAGCUACAAACAUACAAACAACAGAAUUCUUCCGAGGUUGAACUUCUCAAAGCAGAGUUGCACGAAUUAGAAGUUGCUGCCAGGGAAGAGGCGAUUGUUUGUCAAGAAGCCGUCGCAGCCGCGCAGCUUAUCCAAGCUGAAAAGGAUGAAUUGGAAGUACGGCACAAAGAAAUAUUAGGCACUGCGCAAGAUCAUAGCGAGACAUUCGAGUCGCUCCGGGAAGCCAUAACGUCGUCCGCCGAUAUGAAGAACCUAUUGGAACGAAAACUCGAUGAGGAACGUGCUUUACGCGAAACGGUUGAGGAAAAACUCUCUGCUCUUAGAGCUGAGCACGAAAAUCGUACUUCCGAGUUAGAAUCCGUUACCCGACGUCUGAGAGAUGCCGAAGAAAUUGCUGAACAACAUGCAAUUGAAGCUCGAACUCACAAAGAAGCAGUGCUAUCUGGCCUCGAUAAAGUCUCGAGCAGUAAAGAUCUUGCGCCAAAGGAUUCCGCCAGAGACGACCGCGCUUCAGCCCUCGAGGCACAAGUCCAGGCUUCUAAUGCCUUGGUUCGUAAAUAUCAAGCUGCAGCGAAUACUGCUUCAGACAAGCUUCGAAGUGCCGAAGAACGCAUUGCUGGGCUGGAGGCUUAUCAAGAGCAGGCAAGUCGGGAAGGCAUGUCUAUUCGAAAGCAGCUCCAGGCAUAUAUGCGUGAAACACAAUCACUCCAAGCUGCUAACUCUGAUAUGAAACAUCAGCUUGCUAACCAACAGUUGGAGACGAAUGCAGUCAACGUACAACACAACACUUUGAAGGAUAUUCUUGGUGAGCGUGGCAUCAGUCCUGUAGGUGCAUCAAGGACUCGAGGAUUGUCUAGUCCUCAAUCGGGUUCCAAUACACCAGAUAUGGCACGUCUCCGUGAACUUGAACAACAACUUGCAGCUAGCAUGCAUUCACACCAAGAAACCAAAGAAGCCUUUGAGAACCGAGAGCAAGAAGCCGAGAGUGCUUAUCGCGAGAAGUUGAGUCAACUAGAGAAUGACUAUCAAUCUGCCGUCCACUACGUGAAGGGUACCGAAAAAAUGCUCAAACGAAUGAAGGACGAACUGUCGAGAUACAAGCAAGAUAACACACGGUUGAAGGAACAGCUCACGGCUGCCGAGGAAAGAUCUACAGCAACGAAGUCGCCUACGAGCUGGGAGAGUGAGCGUGCCGGCUUAGUUGGUCAGAUCGAGACACUCCAGUCUGAGAUUAAUACAUCCACUAUACAAAUGGAAAAGCAAUUGACAGAUGUUCGAAAGGAAUUACAAGACACUCAAACUAGCAACUCUGAACUGAAGCAGAAGUAUGAAGAGUUAGAAAAGCAAUUGGCCUCUAGCAGUGAACAAGCACGUCAUGAGCUUGACCAAUUGCAAGAAGAAAACACUCAGUUAGAAAAGCGUGCUCAAGAUGCUGAGGAAAAGGUCUCAUUGCUACUUGAUCAAGUUGAGUCGUCAGUUGAUAACUACCGUCGCCAAUCACGUAAUCUCGAUAGCAUGGUCGGAGCGACUGCUCCUUCUACAAACCAACGAAACUCAAUUGGUCAUGAAUCGGUAUCUGAAUCGUCGAUGUAUGGCGGUGCGAACGAUAACCGCAAUAGCAUGGCUUUAGAUAGUCUUGCCUCGGAAUUAGAAACGCUACGAACGCAAUGGGAAACGACAAACAAGAACUAUAGACUUAGUGGUUUCGGUGAUUUCGAGGAACGACCUACUACCAGCAAAUCCGACGCCGAAAAUGGUCCUCAGUUAAGUGGUAGUCUUGCAGAUUGGAGAAAACGAUUAGAUGCCGAAGAGCAAGAAGCUAAAUCAAGAAAGGGAAGCUUGACUGGUUCGGAAAGAAUUAUGAGUCCUACUGGCGGUAGAAAGGAUUCUAAUGCUGGUGCAUCAACCUCAAAUCAAGUCAAUGUACUUUGAUUUGGUAGUAAUAACAUUGGGGGUUGGGAUUUCGGAUAAAGAUAUUUGUUUAAUUGUUUUAGAUUGAUUGCUUCAUUACUUUGGGAAGGGGAUUUUGAGCUGGGUAUCGAAUUAUAUACAUACAUGGAAAGAAUUCGGGAUGGCCACCACAUUUUAAUGAAUUUAUGAGGAUAGGGAAUAAGAUAAAGAUACCGAAUGGAGAGGAAGAUAUUGAAGCAAAUUGUGUGUUUUGGUGGUCCGGCUACCUUCUUUCUUCGUUCUUCUUUAUUACUGUUGUUUAUUUGGCAAUUUAUACACUGUUGCUUCUUGCAUAUAAUUCAUUUGCUUGCUUGGUGGGUUAUUUUGCUGGACAUGGAGAAAAGAUGAGGGGAAAAUAUCACAUUUGCAUUGCUUUCUGACUUUUUAUGUGUUUUGUAACUUUUCUUCGUCUUUUGAUUCUCCUCUUUCUAAUGGCGUUGCGGUGCAUUGUCUCAUGAGUCAACUUCUUUAUCAUAUGAUGGGACUUUGUUGGAUUGCACAUGGCAUUGCACUGCAUGGUUUUUUUUUUUUUAAGCGAGGGGUAGGAUCUCUUGGAUCUCGUCGGAAAAAGAUCUGAUGGGUGGUGGAAUUGUUGUAGAGAGUUAGUCAUGCAUUUGGCUGAGGGUGGUAAGAUGAGAGAUACAUUCUCUUUGAGAAAGGGGAUUUGCUUGGGAUUGAGUUGGCCGGUGUGAUUAAUAUGAGGCGAUGUGGUAGGAGUAGUUUAUGAAUAGCACUAGUAAUCUUGUUACUAAAUUCAUUAUUGCUUCUGGUUGUUGUUAAAAAAAAUUGUUUGCGAAUUUGGGAAAGGGAAAGGGAAUUGGAAUUGAAUUGAAUUGAAUUGAAUUGGGAUUUGAAAGGUGGGUAGAAAUGAUGAUGAGGAUAACGUACUAUAGCAUUUUACUUUUGUGGUAGGGUGGAGUGUUGCUGUGAGAGGGAGUGUUUGUGUGGAUUAGAGGGUGAAGAUGGGUGGAUAAUGAGAUGGGGGGUGGUUGUGGAGAGGAGGGGAGAGGGAGGGUGGUUAUGGAAGAUGGGAGAUAGGAGACAUUAGCGAAAAUUGAAGAAUUGAUGAGGACUUUUUA